CACGCCCGUUCUGGUUGUCAAUAUCGCUGGGGUAGAGGACUAUCUCCCGGACUUCUGCAGCAAAUGUGCAGCUCAACAAUCGCAAGAGAAAUGCUCCUAUGCGUCAUAGCGCUCAUCUCCCUUCUACUUUGUGAAGCGAGGCCUCCCGUUACGGUUGAAGAACUCAAAGAAGGUCAGAUGUCACCAGAAAUAGAGUACUUCGACGACUUCCUCCCAUGGUUCUACAACUCGACUAAAUUCAAGGAAAAUUUGCUUUACGAAAAAAAGAAAUACCUUAGCACUGUGCUCGGCCAACAUAGAAAGUUCCGAGCGCUGUAAUGGGGAUCUAUUACGUGUAUUUGUCAUGCUGAUGCCUGUACUCAAGAAAAACUACGUGUCCCAUAUUGAUUUCGCCAUAUUUGGAAUUAGUUAGAGAAAUUUAAGUUUACGUGUUCACUUACUGUAUACAAUUAAAAUCUUGAAUACUUUCUAAUUUCAUGGAAUUUUUCUAUUGACUCUGUCGCCCAAAAGCGAGCUAAAUAUCUUAUUGUUAGUAGCCGAGUGAUGACAUAAUACUCGAGAGCAUUUAAGAAAAGGAGAUGUCAACA